CUUGGUUUUCUGUUCUUGCUUACAUAUCAAGCUUUCCUCUGUUUUGAUGAUUGUGGGUAGUAUCAUUUUUGCUCAUUGAUUGGAAGCAGAAAAGAAAAAAAAAACAUGAAAGGAUUAGUUUCCAAUUUUAGCAACUUCCCUUUCCCAUCAUAGACACUUACUUCUUUAGUUUUUUUGUUUUUUGUUUUGUGUACUUAGGAGAUAAGAAUAAGUGUCUUUCUGAGUGUCUGGAUUGUUUGAUCUUGUACUGAAACUUUGAUUGUAUUCGAUUUCUUAUCGUCGUUGUCUGGAACUGCUUUACUUGGGAAGUGGAGGAAAGGUGGAAUAUUGGUUAAACUCUUAGCAGUGCUAUCCUUUCUUGUUUUAGCAAUAGAAGUCGAACAACCAUGAACUCGUCUUCCACCCAGUUUGUCACCUCUAGAAGGAUGAGUGCCUAUGAGCCAAUACACCAGAUGAGCAUGUGGGGAGAAAGCUUUAUGAGUAAUGGUAAUUUGAAUGCCUCAGCAUCCAUGAUCAUGGAUGCAGACACACAGCUAGAUAAUCAGUCAGAGGAUGCCUCUCAAGGAAUCCUGGGAUCUUCGAGCAAGUAUGACCAAGAAGCAACCAAACCUACGGACAAGGUCCAAAGGCGUCUUGCCCAAAAUCGGGAGGCUGCUCGUAAAAGCCGGCUGAGAAAGAAGGCCUAUGUUCAGCAGUUGGAAACAAGUCGUUUAAAGCUUGUUCAAUUAGAGCAAGAGCUUGAUAGAGCAAGACAACAGGGUCUUUAUAUUGGAAGUGGACUGGAUGCUAAUCCUCUGGGAUAUUCUGGCACCAUGAACCCAGGUUGUGUUGCUGCAUUUGAGAUGGAGUAUGGAAACUGGAUGGAGGAACAAAAUAAGCAGAUUUCUGAACUGAGGACUGUGUUGCAGGCUCAGAUAAGUGACAUAGAGCUUCAUCUCCUUGUAGAUCGCGGCAUGAGUCACUAUUUUAAACUUUUCAGCAUGAAAUCAAAAGCUGCAAAAGUUGAUGUUUUCUAUGUAAUGUCUGGGAUGUGGAAAACAUCAGCUGAGCGGUUUUUCUCAUGGAUUGGAGGAUUUCGCCCUUCAGAGCUUCUUAAGGUUCUUCUGCCUCAACUUUACCCCUUGGCAGAGCAACAACAUUUGGAUGUUAGCAGCCUUAGGCAAUCAUGUCAACAAGCAGAAGAUGCUCUUUCGCAAGGUAUGGAUAAACUACAGUUCACUCUAGCUCAGACUGUGGCAGCUGAUCCUCUGGGUGAAGGUAUUUAUGUCCCACAUAUGGCCAUUGCAAUGGAGAAGUUGGAAGCUCUUGUGAGCUUUGUGAACCAGGCUGAUCAUCUUCGAAAGGAGACGUUACAGCAGAUGUCACGCAUCCUCACUAUCCGCCAGGCAGCUCGAGGCCUUCUUGCUUUGGGAGAGUACUUCCAACGCCUUCGAGCUUUGAGCUCGCUUUGGACAACUCGUCCUCGUGAGCUUACAUAAUCUUAACAUGAAAGAGCAUAUGAAAGCUAAGCUCAAUAUCCAAACAAGAUAAACCACCUGGAGAAUUUUGCUUCCACUGUUCCACGACCAGAGGUACCCUCUGAUAAUGUUAUUCUGUACACGUGUAGGCAUAAUCAGCGUUUCUGACAUUUUUCCAGCAGCAUCCCAUAUUUUGAGAAGCUGUAAAUAUGGAUAUAGCCAUUUUGAUUUUUGACUGCAGGAAGUUUGUAAGUAAAUUAUUUUCAGUUCUUCCUUUUGUAAAUUAUCUCGUCUUAGGAAAAUUAUCUUGAGAAUUUAGUUAUCGAGCCUAUAGAUGGAUCUGUAUGAUGUAAAUUUUGUUACGAGGGAUUUACUGUAUUGAAAUUGGUCACAUAGAUUGCUAGUGA